AUGUUUGGCUGCUCGGUGGCGGGGAGGCUGGUGCAAACAGUUGCACAGCAAGUGGCAGAAGAUAAAUUUGUUUUUGACUUGCCUGAUUAUGAAAAUAUCAACCAUGUUGUGGUUUUUAUGCUGGGAAUAAUCCCAUUUCCUGAGGGAAUGGGAGGAUCUGUCUACUUUUCCUAUCCUGAUUCAAAUGGAAUGCCAGUAUGGCAGCUCCUAGGAUUUCUCACGAAUGGGAAACCAAGUGCCAUCUUCAAAAUUUCAGGUCUUAAAUCUGGAGAAGGAAGCCAACACCCUUUUGGAGCCAUGAAUAUUGUCCGAACGCCAUCUGUUGCUCAGAUUGGAAUUUCAGUGGAAUUAUUGGACAGUCUGGCUCAGCAGAUGCCUGUAGGUAAUGCUGCUGUAUCCUCAGUUGACUCAUUCACUCAGUUCACACAAAAGAUGUUGGACAACUUCUACAAUUUUGCUUCAUCAUUUGCUAUCUCUCAGGCCCAGAUGACACCAAGUCCAUCUGAAAUGUUUAUUCCAGCAAAUGUGGUUCUGAAAUGGUAUGAAAACUUUCAAAGACGACUGGCACAGAACCCUCUUUUUUGGAAAACAUAAUUUGAAUAAAAUAAUUUUUAAUGGAUUCUGAAAUUUGUCAUGUUUUGAAAAUAAAUGACUCCAUUUAAAAGCAUGAAAUUAAAAGGGUCAUGAAAGCUAAGUUUAAAAACUGCUUAGUGACUAUGAAGCAUAACUAAAAUAUUUAUAAAAAAUUAAAGACAUUGAAAAUGAAAA